GUUCCGCCGGGCGCGUGCGUGCGUCCGUGCGUGCGUGCGUCCGUCAGUGCGUGGCGCGGCGCGAAGAGCGGCGCGGAGGGAGGAACCGCCCUGACAGAGGUUGAGGGCGUCGAGCUGCCGGGUAGCGGGGCCGUGGAGGGCAGGUGGCGGCAGGAAAGGGCCGGUCCAGCGCCGGGAUGGAGAAACGAUUACAAAAAGAACUAUUGGCAUUUCAAAAUGAUCCACCUCCGGGAAUGACUCUAGAUGAAAAGAGUGUACAAAAUUCAAUUACACAGUGGAUUGUAGACAUGGAAGGUGCUCCAGGAACACUCUAUGAAGGGGAAAAAUUUCAGCUUUUAUUUAAGUUUAGUAGUCGGUAUCCUUUUGAUUCGCCUCAGGUCAUGUUUACUGGAGACAAUAUCCCUGUUCAUCCUCAUGUUUAUAGCAAUGGUCAUAUCUGUUUAUCCAUUCUAACGGAAGACUGGUCUCCAGCCCUCUCAGUGCAAUCUGUUUGUCUUAGCAUUAUUAGCAUGCUUUCCAGCUGCAAAGAAAAGAGGCGACCUCCAGAUAACUCAUUUUAUGUAAGAACAUGUAACAAGAAUCCAAAGAAAACAAAAUGGUGGUAUCACGCAUUUGUCAUCUUCCACCCAGAGCUGCUGUUGGCUGUAUGUGCUUGUCUUAUCCACUCCAUUGGUGAGGAAAGAGAGAAGAGGGGGAUAGAGAUGGGCCAUGCUUUGUUUCUCUCCUUUCUUGUUAGCAAUGCUUUCCUUGCUUUCCCUAGGAAAAUUAUGUACAAACAGUAGUUAUUGGAAGCACAGGUACUUUGGGAAGGGAUAUGUCAGAGCAGGUAAUACUGUAUGCUAGUGUAGUGCAGAACAGUUGAUUCCACCAUGGCCUCUUGCUGAAGGUUCCACAGUAAGACAUCCUUUGUUUUUCAUGGCCUCCCCACUCCAGGAUAUGUUCUGUUCCUGAAGUGAAACUAUAGCAAGUAUUUUGAGGCAAUGAGAGUUCAUGACUGGAGAGGCAAAUACCAAAGUCUUCACCCUUAAAAUUCUUAAGAUUCUUAAAAACCCAUGGAUGGCCCAACAAGAAAAACUUGAUAGUUUCAUAAUACUUGAUGAGACCCGUGGGGUUUUGACAUAUGGUAAUGUAACAGAAUGAAACUCUGUUUCUCAUAAUACAGUAAUAGUAACUUCAAAACAAGGUGGCUUCAGGCACAGUAAGAGAAGUGCUGUAUGUCAUGAGAUUAAGGUACAUCUAAGAAACUUGGGGCCGUUAUGUGGUUGUUUUUAAAGCUGACUCCAAGAAUAAUAAUCGUCUUGCACACAACAAUAGAUAUUUCGUCCUCACCAGAGUAUUCAGAACUUCAUUUUCUCUCUCUGUUUUCAUGCUCUUGUAAUGUGUUUGGUGCUUCUCCAUUUCUAGUUUUGGUUUCUCUUAAAUGGCAGUUUUGGGAGAGUUUUUGUUAACUUUCUAUUUCACUUGCUAAUUAUUUUUAAAGAGAAACAGGUAAAAUUCCAUUUAUUGGCUUUAUCUUGUGAUUAAAAUGUUUUAUCUACUUUUAAUUUGUACUAGUCUUAUUUUGAUUUAGAAUAGAAAUUUGUAAAAGGAGGACAGUCUGCAGAUAUUACUUUUAUUUCUUCAUCGUGAAAUUUAAUUUGUGUUAAACAAGCAAAACAGGAACUUAGUAUGAAAAGAAAUCUGAGUUACUGAUUCUGACAGUUGCUGGGUUAUUAUGGCUCUAAACAAUGGCUUACAGUUCAUUGAAUGGGUAUUUUAGUUACUAGGAAGUAACUAUGCAGGUUUUUUUUUCUCAAAGUCAGAAAACCUUACCCCUCCUCAAAUUCAAAGCAACCUAAAAACCAACCUGAGGCAAGAGAAAGUCAGUUCAUUUAAAUAACUCUCACUGUCUUGAUUAAAAAUUCAUUGGGCUCCCUACCACCUUAAAUUCUUACAUGAAAAAUAAAAUAUUCCUGAUGUCCACUAGGCAAAAAUUUCAAAAAUGAUUAGAGUGUUUUCCCUUCCAGUUUUGUGCAUGUGUCAUUUGCUUCUUUUCUCAGUUAAUUUUGUUUCUCCUAUGCGGACAUAGAACAAGGCUGCCCAGGCAUAAUCUUUAAAUUGUCAGUGUUUUCUAAACAGCUUUAAAGAAAUGGUAUGUUACAGUAAAAUGGGAAGUGUGAAAAGAUGCUUCUCUCGUGUUUAUUUUCUGCUCAUGCUUCAACUGAAGUGUGUCAUAUAUUUAAUCUUGUGGUUGAACCACAUUUGUCUGGAUAAGUGAGGGAAGAAAAAGCAUUCCUACCCAGGAAAGAAAACCAGCUGUCCACAGAUAACUGCUGUGAGAAAUUAAAUGCCAGUGUUAAUACAACAACCUAUGCAAGGAAGUGUGGAGUGGUUCUGCCACUUCUACUGUCAGCUGCCCAUCGGACUGAUUUAGCUUUAAUGUGACAUUGGAGCUCUGUUUUGAAGAGAUAGGAAGAAGUCUGUCAUAUGUAUUAAUACAUGCGUUAGAAGGAAAAUAUUUUUUCUCGCAUGUACCUGGAAUUUAUUUACUUGGAAGCAGAAUAGUCCAUGGUUGGGAGCUGAUAUAAAGCAAACCCAGAUGAUCACAGAGUGAUAAAGUGGCACUUUAGAGACAUAUUCUGAUAUGUAAAUAUGUGUCUACAUUCAAUAUAGUACAGAGAUUUUAGUCUGUCAUAUCAUCCCUGCCCAAACACAGCAGCUUAUUUCACAGAGUUAUGGAGCUUUGUUUGCUACAAAAUUGUCCUUACGAGCCCUGUUUUGAAGCUCCUGAGCUAUGAUAACUGAAAAUAUUUCUAGGCUGUCUGCCCUACCCAGUGUGUGUUUCAACUGUAUAUUGACUUUCCUGCUGAAUUUCAAUCUGAGAGUUGCUCGUGUUGUGUUAAAGACAGGGGAGGAUCCUCCAGAUACUGUUUACUUGGGCAUCCAGACUGAAAUUGGUUUCAUAAAGCUGUUGACUUCCUUUUUUGUUUUCAGAAAGUAGAUUUAUUUUUUUUUUUGUAGGGUGGGGUGAGGAAGGGAAAGGCAAUGGUGUUUGUUUUCAAUCAGUGCUUCCUUGCUGCUUUUAGGUUUGGAGGUUGGUUUGGUUUUGUUUUUUUCUUAAGUAGGAAGUGUUUUCUCUGAUAUUUGGCCUAAAAUUUUAGCACACUAUUUAAAUACCCCUUCUCUCUCUCUUUUGCAUCCUUGUCCAUUUUUUUACAUGUAUAGUAAAAAAUUAAAAUAGUUAUUUUACAAGUAAUAGCUUUGAUAUAAUAUUUUCUGAUGAGAAUGCAUUAUGUUUGAGGCUACAUUUUUUAGGUGUGGGAGGUUACAAGUAAGUCCUUUAAAAAUAAGCAGACAGUAAGUUUCCUUUCUGUUAACAACUCAAUAUUUACUGCUAGCAGGUGCAAAUAUACUGCAGGUUGAUGUGUGAAGGAGAAUGUUUAAAAGGGAGAGCAUUAAUAUGGAGCAUAAUGCAGAAAUGAUAGGCAUAGAACAUGCAUUUUUAUAGUAGGUUCUGUCUAAUCACACUAUCUAAAAUUUAGUGUAUGUAAUUUACUUUCAUGUUUAGGAUUUUAGGAUUAUAGUAGUAACCUGUUCUUUUUGCAUAAAUCUGUCACCUAUUGUUUUGUGUUGAGUCUUGCUAAAUAAAUUAAUAUACAUGUGUAUAUAUAUGCACACACACACAUAUAAAUGUAUAAAGGGUUGAGAAUGCAUCAGAAGCAGCCCACUCUACCAGGUCUUAUCCCUAUAUAUUCUUUAUGAAAGGAUGUCUUAAUUUGGUAACUGUUGUGGAUCUGCUCUACUUCAAGGGUGCAAAAUGUUAAGCAUAUUUGAUUUUUCAUUUUCUUGGCAAGUAGCUUUCUAAAUAUCAAGCAUGGAAAUGACUGUCAUUUUAAUGGGGUGCUUGCUAAUACUUAUGUCUUUGGGGGAUGUAUGUGUAUUUUGGAAGUUUAAUUUUUGAUACUCUCUUUUCUCCCCGAGUUGUUAUUGAACAAAACAACAGAAUUAUUCAAUCAGGGUAUAUCCUCUGCAUGUUACUGUCUAUGCUAGGAAUUGUUUCUGCCUAUAGCACCUUGCUAAUUUGGAAUUAGAAUGUUUAUGUGUUUUCCAUAAAUGCUCUUCUUUUAUU